CAGUCCAAACUCCAAACCGCAAACACAACAAUACAUCACAGUCAUCACUCAUCACGCUAAUCACAUAAUACAGAUUAUAAUAGGUAUAUAGGCAGUAAGCACUAAGCACUAUAAUAUUAUACAGACGGUAUACGACAAUACGUAUACAACAGCGAAUACUGGAACUGGAUACGUUUAGACCUAUUUAAUCUUUAUUCAAUGUAUGUGCAUCGCGUCCGUCACUUCACUCACUUCACUACUUCAGCAGCGGCGAUCAGCGAUUCCCCGUCAGUCUGCAUCCUGCUCAAAUGACCGUCCCGGCAACGCGAUCUUGAAGUCCAUUAAUACUCUCAAUCGUAAUUUUGUAAUUAUUAUAAUCGUUUUUUAAUGAGACGUGAAUAUUUGUUGACUGUUCAAAUUAUGUCUACUAACCAAUAACCGUCAUUAGCCAUAUUAUCUCGGUCGAACGAAUUAAUUAUCGUAUUAUACAAUUAGCGUUGACCUUUGCACCCGUCGUCUAACGUCUUCAUCAUGAGUGCCAUUAAAAGGAUUGUGUCAGUCGUAUAUCUGACAGUAGUAUUGGUCACAUUGGUUCAGUGUGAAAACUGCACGGUGAAAAAAACUUCUAAUGGCACUUUUACUAGAGAACGUCUAAUGACUUGCCCUUCAUCGGAAUCGGCGAAGGAUGCAAAAUUCUGUUGCUAUGACAAGUAUGAUAGUGUCGAUUGCUGCAAUGGUGCUGACCAUUUACGUCACAUAAUUCUAAAGUAUUUGCCAGACCUGUUAACACUUUUGGUCAUAAUCGUUGGUCUAAUAUUGGCAUGUUGUAUUUUUUGUAUCUGCAUUCCGUGUUAUUGCAUCAUGAGUCGUCGUCGCCCGAGUUAUAAAGAUUCAAAUGAUAAUGCGAAUAUGGUUGCUGCUGUUUCUUUGCCCAAUGAAUCGCAAGAACAAAAUAUACCAAAAAAAGAAGUUACUCAUCAUUUACCACCAGGAGCUUAUCCUGUUUAUCCACAGUUUAUGGGAAUGCAACCAUUAAAAUCGACUGAAGUAAAUUGUUAAUUCAUACAUCACAAUAACAAUAACUGUUCUUAUGAAAAGCCAAAGCAUGUUAUUAAUAUUAUUAUAUUUAUUUGUGCCAUCAACUAAGUAACGAAGGUUUGUGAACGACUAAAAUUUUUCUUUUUUCCAUAUCUUUAAAUUUUUGACUUUUAAAGUCUGGCUAUCAAAAGAAUAUUAUUAUCUUAAAUAUUAAGUUACCUAGUUUUGAACUGAUUAUGGUUAGAAUUACUUUUCAUAUAUGCAUUAAAAAAUAAGACUUGUUUGCCUUAAAAUAAUAUACCAGCACAAUAUUUUG